UUUUUGUAGGAUAACGGUAAUUAGCCAGUAAUUAGUUAACGGUAUGCAUAGACGGAUAUAUUAAUUUAAUGAGCUGUCACGAAUACUAUGUUUAAUUUAGUUAAUUAAUAGACCUGUCAACACUAAACGGGAAGUGUACCUUUUGUACUUUAGAUCGUGCAUAUAUAAUGGGUUAUUUAAUUGUUUAGCUGUCAACAAAUGCAUAUAUACUCUAUGAAUUAUUAAGUUAUUAAAUCUUAGGCGUAAAGUAUUUUAGUAUAUAAGGGGAGCGAAAUAUUCGAUUAUUUAGUGUAGUUUUUGAUGUUAAAGCAGACUCACUCACUUAAGGUUAAAUUAUGCUAAAUACGCAAUUGGCAUUAAUUCUUAUUAUUUUAAAUAUUUGUAUAAGAAUUGUUAAGUUGUUAAAGACAUUGUUAAAGCAAUUGUGUUGUAUUGGUGAACAGUAAAUUAUAUAAAAUAAAUACAUAUAUAUGACGUUUAUAAACUUUAUAUUGUGUUGACUUGUUCAUAUUGAGUUUAUUCAGAUCUGAGCGUUACACUACAAGGGACGAUUUGGUGCUCUAGUGACUACAGGAUUCGAUACACCAGAAGUUUUUUUGCGGAACACAACGACGAAGGGGGCCAUUAUUCGAUCAGCCACGGGAACCAGUUUCCAGCGGAGCCAGACACGAGAUUCGACAUGAAGAUGUUUAUAUUGAGUUGCUUAUUUCAAUUUGCCUGGGCCAUGACUAGAUAUGAUAAUGUUAUUUUUUCAAAAGUUAAUGAAAUUUCUAUAACAAAAGCGCAUUGGAACGCAAUUUUAGUUUAUGAUACUAAAUUAUUCAGCACUUAUCUCACUCAAAUUUCUACUAAUGUUGAUACAGUUAACAAAACGUUGCUUGAAAUGAAAAAACAUUAUUUACAAACUAAAGAUGAAGAUAACUUUUUGCCUUAUUUACAAACAAUACAUGACAUGAAUUUAGACAUCAAUAAUCUCCGACUAACAUAUGAUAACGUACUAAAUCAAUACACAGAUUUUUUAAGCCUUCGUGACACUAAUAAACAAAAAAGAAGUAUUUUUGGUUUAGGUAAAGUAUUUCGAUUCUUAUUUGGUACUGCGGAUAAUAACGAUGUUCAAUCUAUUAAAAGAAAUGUUAAUAAAUUAGCUUCAACACAAAGAAAUAUCAUGCAUAUUGUGGAGGAUUCGCUUUCUAUUCUUAAUGUUUCUCAGUCACACAUUAUGGAAAAUCAUAACAAAAUAAAUGAAAUAAUCCAUGCAUUAACUUCAGUAGAAACUCAAAUACAUAAAUGGAAAAUUGCUUUUGAGAGAAGUCUUGAACGUUUUAAAACAUAUUCUGUCAAUAGCAACCACAUUAUGUUAAUAUUAAACGAUAUAAAAUUUGCAGUUUCCUUGGCAGCUUUGCACAUCAACGAUUUUAAAGAUAAAUUAGAUGUAUUGAGUUUAGCACAGUGUACUCCAAGUUUAAUUUCGCCAGCUUAUCUACUUCAAUUAUUGUUAGAUAUUCAGCUCCAUGCACCCAAAAAUUUUGCUUUACCAGCCGACCCGAAAACACAAUUGUUCAAAUUUUACAGACAUUUAAGCACCAAUACAAUGUUUUAUAAAGACCAUUUACUUAUUCAAAUUGAAAUUCCUAUUACGGAAUUAAAUGAGAAAUUCGAAGUCUAUAAAAUUUUUAAUAUGGAAACAGCGUAUACUUCACCGAAUAACUCUUCAGAGUCUGUAGUUGCUAAAUACAAGUUAGAAUAUGAGGGUUUAAUCUAUAAUAAGGCGAGAACAAAAUUUUCAGUUUUAACAAGAAAAGAACUUGAUAGUUGUCAAAAUAAUUUUUUGAAAUAUUGUCAGAUAUCAGCUCCAAUUUAUCAAAGAAGUAUUUCCAAAAUGUGUGUUUCCGCAUUAUUUUUACAAGACGACAACGACAUUCGUAACAACUGUAAAAUUAUGGUAGACACAAAUGCAAGGUUACCAAAAGCUAUUAACAUUCUUGAUGGACGAUGGAUUAUUAGUUCUGACAAAGACUUAAAGUUUGUAAUAUUAUGUGACAAUAUACAAACAAACAGACAGGAAGUAAUAGCAAAAGCGCCGGUUUCCAUAAUCUCUUUAAAUCAAAACUGUAAAGCUUUUAAUAAUUACCUGAUUUUGACGCCUUGGUUCAAUAAGAAUUCCACAGUUCAUGCUUUAAAUGGAGAUCUGCACUCAAAUACAUUGUUCUGGUCAAACACAUCAAAGAACCAUUUAUUUCAGACACUAAAUGAAAGCUUGCAUCAUUUUUCAAGUAUAAAGAUACCAACUGAUUUAAAACCUAUAAGUCAUAUACCGCUCGAAGCAUUAGUCUCUAAAUUACAUUAUCUACAAACGAUAUCGUUAGAUAGCGAUAAACCAUUUCCUUUAUGGGGCAUUAUUUUGAUUAUAUCUGGGGUUAUUUUUUCGAUCAUUGUGAUUUUAAUCAGUGUAUUUUUCAUACGAAAACGUCUUUCGAAAAAAUAUGUCUCUGUUAAAUGUCAUGGUCCGGAGUUGAUAAUGAAUGCAAAAAGUAGAGAUAAAUCACUCUAUACGCUCGUGUCUAAGAUGUCAGAGAUGGACGACAAUUCUUCAGAAAAAAUGGAGCAGCCUCAGGGUUCUAUCCUCUCUUCAUUAUAUCCAAAAUUGUAGACACUUCCAGAUAGACAACAUUAACGUAAAAGAGACGUCAACAUCAGAAGAUAUUCUCAAGAUAAUAGGAGAACUGUCAACUUAACAUAUAAUUAUAAAUGAGUGAAGUCUGAAAUAUACAUAAAACGCACUUUUGUUGCACAUUAGAUAAUAAAUAACUGUCAAAGAAAUGACAAUGUUAUCAGUUUGACGAAUUAGUUUGUUAAGAAUGAAACGUAUAAAAACGUUGUUCUACCAUCUUUGCAGUACAGUAGUCAAACUUUUUCUGUGCGAAUUACUGUACUCCAUUUACAAGGAUAUCUUAUUGAUACUUUGUUAUUUUAAACUGUUCACAGUGUGUUAUUUUUAUAUUACAAGGACUUGUUAUAUUUUGAACUUGUAAAUUUGGAACAGUGUUAGAAAUUAUUACAUCUAACUGCUAAAAAGGAAUUUUUUCGGAGGAAAUAUUGUUUGAACAACUCGUGUCAUUUGAAAAUCUACAGUUUUUUUUUUGUGUUUAGUGUUACUACCGUGAAGAAAAUGAAUACCUUUAUCCGUCGCUUUAAUGUUGGUAUGCUCUUCAGAGCAUAUCUUUUUGAAUAUUUGGUGGCUAAGGUGCUUUGUGCAAUCGAGGAACGGUCAGCACCAUAUUGUGACAUAUGUGAGUCAGCCCAACAAUGUAGUCACCAUGUGGUGCAUAAAAUUGACAUUAUUUCUAACUUUACGUGGUGUUAUUCAGAAACUGUUCUAAACUUAACGGGGAAGUUAACUAGGCAUUUCUUCCUCCUACGGGCAGAACGGGACAUUCUAGAACGAGUAGCAGCACGAAAUCAACAGGCCUGCGACCAUUGUCUAGAACUGGAAAUUACACCGGUAGCGUUGGGAAAUCUUGUCAAUGACUGUCGGUUCAUGGAAUCGAUUUUCGACCGGUUAUUGAACAAAGCUGAACAUGCGACAGCAAGUCACUUCUAUCCGCUCUGGCAGACCGCUCAAAGAUGUAAAAUGGACGAAGUGGAUUAGAAGACGACACCAAAUUUAUUUUAUUUUAUGUUAAAGAUUAUUAUUUAAAGAACAUUCGAAAAAUUUUUAAGUAAAACAAAAAGAAAAUUUAGAUAUUAACUAUUAAGUAUUUCAUGGAAAAUCUUUCAUUUAGUUUCUUUUAAAUCUUAUUUCGGUCAGAUUUUUUAUAUUUUAUUCUUUAAUUUUAAAUACCAUUGUUUAUAUCGUUAUUGGUGACAGAGUUUUAUUUACAUUUUUAAUAGUUCUUUGAUUUCUAUUUUCAGGUUCUGGUUAAGGGUAUUAUACGGGUUUUAUAUAUUUCUUUUAUUGUUUUUAUUUUUAUUUUCUUAUUGUUUUUUUAACACUUUUAGUAAUUACUUUGAUAACAAUUUCUACUGCAUCAUUUCUGUAUAUAUAAAUGAUAGGAAUUUAAGACUUCCACUGAUUAAUUUAAAAUAUUUGUUUUUUUUCUCUCAUUUUUGUCACAUGCUAAUACACAUUACAUGUACAUGUUUCUUAAUUAUAUUUUAUAUCGUUUCAGAUUAACACGGAGGCAUAAUCUCCAGGAUAGAUAUUCAAAAAGCAGAAAAGAAACAACGUUUCAUGGACAAAUUAUACAGAAAAUGUGUUAAUUUUAUAAAAAGUGUAUUUUGUGUUUUCUUAUUUGAUACAUAGUGUAAUUAAUUCUAUUCUUGGAGAUUCUGCUUUCGUCAACAAGAAAAAUUUUAAAAUGUGAAUUUAAAAAAAAUUAGGACAUACCUGUGUUAAAAUUUAAUUAAAACUAAGAAAGUGAUUAUGUUUUUUUAGGACAGAUAAGUGUUAUUCUCGCAAUACAAAACAGUGUUAUUUUAGGACAAUUCAAUCAGUGAAAAUAGUUAUAUAUACGGAACAUUUCUUGUUUUAUCAUAUUAAUAUAAAAUUAUAUUCUUAUAUGUUUGUUAACAGAAAUAUGUAAAAAAAAAAAAAAAAAAUAGAAACUAUUAAAUAUGAUUUGUUUUAAGUAAUAUUACUUUCAAUUUUAAACUUGUAUAUGAAUAAUUAUAUCUCUUGCUAUAUAUAAAUUGUAAAAUGUCAAUUGCUUACCUUUAGUUAUUUUUAUUUUUGAGUUCGAUUUUUUUUCCUUUUUCAAUCUUGAAACUAUUCGUAGUCUUUCAUACUUAAAAGUGACAUAAAUUUUUUCUUUAAAUAAGUUUUAUUUUAAAAUACCUGGAAGUAUUUUUAAUUGGUCGGGAAGAUAUUGUAGGAUAACGGUAAUUAGCCAGUAAUUAGUUAACGGUAUGCAUAGACGGAUAUAUUAAUUUAAUGAGCUGUCACGAAUACUAUGUUUAAUUUAGUUAAUUAAUAGACCUGUCAACACUAAACGGGAAG